CAACCAGACAUGCGCUUCGAACACGAUGUCCUCUCUCAGUGCGCAUGCGCAGUAUCACCAUACCGGCGGAGGUUGAACGGUAGCAGCUGAAACGACGCAGGAAUAAACGAGAUCGUUUUCACAGUAGGCAACACCAUGAGUCAGGGGAAGGACAAUGCACGUCUCAAAAGCUAUAAAAACAAAUCGCUCAACACAGACGAGAUGAGGAGGAGGAGGGAAGAGGAAGGCCUGCAACUUCGCAAACAAAAGAAAGAUGAACAACUGUUUAAGCGCAGAAAUGUGGCCACAGUUGAGGAGGAUGGAACACUGGAAGAGGAUGGAAUGUCAGACAGUGGAUACCUGGAAUCACAGGCCAACAACAUGGACCAAAUCACGGGAAGCAUUAUAUCUGAGGACAUGAUACAGAUGAUCUUCUCUAGCUCUCCUGAACAGCAGCUUACAGGCACACAGCGCUUCAGAAAACUCUUAUCUAAAGAACCUAAUCCCCCAAUUGAUGAGGUCAUUGCCACCCCUGGCGUCGUGGAGCGUUUUGUCGAGUUCCUGAAAAGAAGGGAGAACUGCACACUACAGUUCGAAGCAGCGUGGGUUCUAACCAACAUCGCUUCAGGCACAUCCCACCAGACGCGCGUGGUCAUCCAGGCUGGGGCAGUGCCCAUUUUCAUUGAGAUGCUCAGCUCUGAUUUCGAAGAUGUACAGGAGCAGGCGGUGUGGGCUUUAGGCAACAUUGCAGGAGACAGCACAGAGUGCAGGGACUACGUUCUGGACUGCAACAUUCUGCCCUCUCUAGUACAGUUAUUGGCAAAACAAAAUCGUCUGACUAUGAUGAGGAAUGCAGUGUGGGCUCUGUCUAACCUGUGCAGAGGGAAAAACCCACCUCCAGAUUUCACCAAGGUAUCACCGUGUCUGAGUGUUCUCUCCUGGCUGCUCUUUGUGAAUGAUACCGACAUUCUGGCUGAUGCAUGCUGGGCUCUUUCUUAUCUCUCUGACGGACCCAAUGAGAAGAUCCAGGCUGUCAUUGACUCAGGAGUCUGCCGCAGACUAGUGGAGCUACUGCUACAUGCAGAAUAUAAAGUGGUGUCCCCUGCUUUAAGAGCUGUGGGGAAUAUUGUCACGGGAGAUGAUCUGCAGACUCAGGUGAUUCUUAACUGCUCUGCCCUGCAAAGUCUCCUUCACUUGCUGAGUAGCCCAAAAGAGUCCAUUAAGAAAGAGGCAUGUUGGACUAUCUCCAAUAUCACAGCUGGAAACCGUGCGCAAAUACAGAUGGUGAUCGAUGCAGACUUGCUUCCCCCAUUGAUCCAUAUUCUACAAGUUGCUGAGUUCCGUACAAGGAAGGAGGCAGCGUGGGCAAUUACAAAUGCUACAUCUGGUGGCUCUGCUGAGCAAAUCAGGCACCUUGUUGAUCUUGGUUGCAUCAAACCCCUAUGUGACCUCCUGACACUGAUGGAUUCAAAGAUCGUACAGGUGGCCUUGAAUGGCCUGGAGAACAUCCUAAGACUGGGUGAGCUAGAAGCAAAACGAGGAGGUGGCAUCAACUUCUACUGUGGCCUCAUUGAGGAGGCCUAUGGACUGGAUAAGCUGGAGUUUCUUCAGGGCCAUGAGAACCAGGAGAUCUAUCAGAAGGCCUUUGACCUGAUCGAGCGCUACUUCAGCACAGAUGAUGAAGAUCCGGCUCUGGCCCCUGCUGUUGACAUGCAGCAGCAACAAUUCCUGUUCCAGCAGUGUGAAGCUCCCAUGGAGGGUUUCCAACUUUAACGUCUCCCACCCCCUUUUCUCCAAGCAGUCCACCCUGGGGGGUGAGAGAUGCCCCCUGACACAACAGAGCGAAGGAUUCAAUAAAUGAACAUUUUAAAUUAGAGUGAUAUACAAGAGCUUGUGUUGCCGGUCAACCCAUUUUCCCCUCUUGUCCUUCUUCCCUGGUGUCGUCUGCCCUACAGAUGGCUCCAGGACAAUGGCGACAUCAUGCCCAGAUGCAGAAAACCUGAUGAAAACAUGAACAGUAGACCCUUAGAGAUGACCUAAAUAUCUUACACUGAUACUUGACUCUUUCAUAUCAUGCGUUAAUCUUUCUUUCAACUCUUUAAGCAUCAGUCCCUGAACCCGUUUAAGAAAAACAAGCAACAAGAGCACUGUACCAAGAAAUCAGGAAAACUGCAUCCAGCAAUGAGUUAAAAGAAGCUGGGAAUGCACAGCUUCUGACAUGACUGCAAUACUGAAUUUGACAAGGGAUCUUCUUUUCUGUUGUGAAACAGUGGACUGACCGUGUGACUGUGUUUGCAUGUCCCCAAAUUUCCCCCACAAGUCAUGGCCAAUCUGCGCUGAAGAACUGAAAAGACGUCUACUGAAUGCAAGGCACUUUUACCUUCUCAUUUGACCCAUACAACUCAAAGACAGCCAGACUGACUGAGGGGUCCAUGCUUUCUGACUGUUAGUGCCAGUCAAACAGCCUCUUGCUUUUGACAUGCAUUAAACAUGCAUUCCGACAAUGACUGAACUGUACAGGCUCUGCCUCUCCUAUUAGGGUUACACAUUUGCACCUUUGGAAUUCUCGGAGUCGGAGUCUUCCCACUCACUGAGACUGCUGGACAGACAAAAAGACAGGAAAGACAAAUAGACUUUCUGUUCCUAAAUCCUGUGCAUUAGACCAUUUGAUACAUCAAAAGGACAAUUUCACAUGAGCAUCACCUUCAUUGGCACUUUACAUUCAGAACAGACACCCUUUGUUUUAAAACUUCUGUAGUGAGUUUAAGCCCAAAAUGGCUUCUCAGGAUUUUGCGGUAGAAAGGUAUGAUGAUGCAUACCUUAAUAAUUACAGGAUGUAUUUACAGAAAACACUAAGUAUUUAAGAGUGUGAUCUCAUUGUCUCAUUCUGGCAGAGCAAAAAAUCAACCCCUUCAAAGCUUCCUCCGUCAAUAAGUGACAUUUUAACAAGCUGAUGAAAAUUGAGCUGAAGGCUUAGCUUCCCGACAUGUGUGUUUGUGUGUGAGACAAACUUUAAUAUUAAUGUCUAAUCAUGCUGAAUGCACACAAACACAUUCAGACAUCAUUUUCUGAAGAGCUAGAACUAUAAGAGAAAAAUACAGAGCAAAAAGCUGUGUUCAAUUCAAAACUGCUUUAUUUUCUUGUAUUAUUGUGGAUAUUAGAAUCUCUUAAUACCGAAGGUGCCAUGAUCCUCAUUUUAAAAUUGAGGUGGAAAAUGACAAACAACAAAACAAAUGGACAAACUUUUAAAAAAAAGACUGAAAAUAUAUCAGCAAUUUAACACUUAAAAAUGACUGGGUAUUAGCUCAUAAGAUAUGAUUGUUUACGAAGUUGUUCUUAUUUCAAUGUCAGAUUAUUCCCAAGAGAUGACCAGCUCUUUGUGUUCAAUACUGCUGUCGUAUUGAGAUUGUGUUACUGUUCUCUGUUACGCCAUUUGCAUAAAUGCUGUUUCAUGAA